CAACGGCGACGCGUCAACACAGACCUACAGUUCAUUUCUAUAGCAAAUAGCUAGCGCCAACUAACGCAAGGAUUAGCAAAAAUGUUCAAAUUGGUGGUGUUGUCUGCUCUGCUCGCUGUGGUUGCUGCCCGUCCCGGCUAUCUGGAGGCAGGUCCUCUGCUGCAUACCAGCUAUGCCGCACCAGCGAUUAUCCAUGAGCCCGCGCUGGCCAGUGUGGGACACAUUGUGAAGAGCAUACCGACGUCGGUGUCGCAUCAGAGCAUCAGCCAGGUGCAUAGCUCGGCGCACAUUGUCCAGCCGAUUUUGGCGCCCGUUGUGAAGACCUAUGCAGCGCCCAUCUACAAGACCUAUGCCGCUCCAGCUCUGCACACCAGCAUCCUGUCGCCUUCGUGGGCCUCUCACGGCUGGGCGUCCUCCUGGUAGGAGCACUUUCAACUCUGAACGGAAGCGGAAGCGGAAGCGUUGCUUCGGUGUAUUCGCUUCUGGACUGGAACUGCUCGAGAUUUUUCCAUACCCUUUCUGCAUUUUGUUCUCUUUUCUUGACCCUUUUGACUGAUGUAAAUAAAUGUCCAUAAUUUCAUAAACAUAA